AUGUCACUCUCAUCACCCAUGCUCAUGGCCGCCCUCCAGAAUGCCACGCUGGGCGCCUUUGCAAACGUGUUGGCUCAGCUCAUCACGGCCUACAGAACAGAGUCCGAUGUCGCGAUAGACUGGAUCCCCGUCUUCCAGUUCCUGCUCUUCAACCUCAUUUGCACACCGCCCAACUUUAUGUGGCAAGACUUUCUCGAGACGACAUUCCCCGCCCACCCCAAACCAAAGUCCUCCAAGAAAAAGAACACCGAGCCCAAGCUCUCAGUCCGCAACACGGCCAUCAAGUUCCUCCUGGACCAGACAGUCGGCGCCGCCCUCAACACGCUCCUGUUCAGCACCUACGUCCACUCCUUCCGCCUGGCUCUUCAUCCCGUCCCCGUUAUUACCAGCCUCCCCAAGGUCGUAGUCUUCUUGACCUCACCUGGAGCCCUGAACUUCUCCCGCGUCGACUGGCCUACCGUUUGGGCUGCUGCGCAGGAUGAAUUUGUCCCCUUUGUCGUUGCUGGAUGGAAGCUCUGGCCUGCUGUGAGUCUCGUCAACUUUGCCGCUAUCAAGACGGUUGAGGGACGAAACCUGGUGGGUGCUCUUGCUGGUGUUGCUUGGGGAGUCUACGUGAGCUUGGUUUCAGCUCAAUGA